AUGGCGCCUGCCUACGUCUUCUACGAGGCUGUUGAGGCCUUCUUGAAGAAAGAGUGGGCUCGUUGGGGCUUCCGAAAAGUUGAGAUAGGUCGUCGUGAACGCGAGGAUGGGGCCCACGUGGAAGUCAUCGCGGUGGUUCGCAACACUCGGCAAGCCCUGGGGGAGAAGGGCUGCGAGAUCAGACGAGUGCAACACAAGUUGGAGCUCACGUUUGGGUUCCCUUCAGGCUCUGUGCAGAUGUACUUGGAGCGUGAAGACAUCUUCAAGGACAUGUCUCUGGAGGAAAUCGAGGACAGACUGGCACAGAAGGGGAAGAAAGGUCGCGGAAAAGGCAAGGUCAAGGGCAAGGAGGAUGACAGCGACGGGUCAGGCUCUGACAGAGAAAAGGGCAAAGGGAGAAUGCAAGGAAGGGACGAGGAUUCUGCCGAUGCAGAGAGCGUCGAGGAGGAUCCGAUGCCCUCGCGAGGCUAUGGUGGAAAAGGCCACACCAAGCACAAGCCGCGCGAGCCCACGACAACCCAACGCCGGGAAGGUGACAGGCUCUUCACAGACGAGGAGCACCGAAAAUCACUGGAUCGCCUUCUGGACAUUCAGGCCCGGCUGGAGGCGAAGAAACACGAGCUACCGCUGGUGGAGGAGCCCAUGAAACAGCAGUACCGAUAUGCCUUGCGCCUUUGGCGGGAGCUGUCUCUGAGGAUCGGCCCAAGCCCUCCGCCGCCAGAUGUGCCGGUGCAGAUCUACGGGGGUGAUGCACUGCCGUCACCGUUCUCGGUGCCGACGGGCGACUGGGGCGCAGACGACUGGGGCGCUCCCAGUCCUCUCUUGGACUGGGGCGAUCCGAUUGCGGUUGAUUGGGCCAGCCCACCUGUGGACAAGGGGUCCGCCGGCGGAGCCAGUGGUGCUCAGGUAUCCCGCAAGCUCCACAUUCUCGGGUCUUCAGAGAUUCAAACUCUGCAGCUCCAGGCAUCCGCGAGAGUCUCGGAUCUGCUGGAGCAGCUCCGCGAGGAGCGAGGCAUCCCGAAAAAAAGGGAGAUUCAGCUAGUGCUCAUGCCAAGCGGGCAGGUUUUGGAUGAAGACAACCCGAUCAGCGGUUUGCCCGCAGAUGAAGAGCUUACACUUAUUCUCUAG